GGAGGUGCAAGAGGCAGGCUCCAACAAGGGGUGUGGCUUGAUCAGGGGCGGGGCCCAGGCCGGGGCGGGCUUUCCGGGUUUUAAACUUUGCUUUUCCGUUCCCCUAUGCUUCCCCCAUUCUUCCCUCCCCCUGGUCCUGGGUUCCUGCGCAGUUUGUCCUGUCCCGGAGGAGGGACGCCUUCUGGGACCCCCCAGACCUGGGAUGGAGAGCCUGGAGGAGUGCGGAGAGGACGCGGGGCUGCAGCCCGGCAAGCCCGCCCAGGCCUCCGUGAAGUUCAAGGAUGUGGCCGUGGACUUCACCUGGGAGGAGUGGAGGCUCCUGGACCCUCCCCAGAAGGAGCUGUUCUGGGAGGUGAUGCUGGAGAACUACAGGAACCUGGUCUGCCUGGACCUUGCUGAUUCAAACAAGGAUGUGAUGAUGUCUAAGCUGGAGUCAGGGGAACCACAUUGGAUUCCAACUGGUGGUGUCCUAAGAAGCUGCUGGCCAGGUUGGGAAUUGAGGCCUCAGACCAAGGAGUCAGCUCCCAAGAUGAAUAUUUCUGUGAAAGUAUUAACCCAGGAAAAGUCCUUGGAGGAUGAUCCAAGAAUCUGCAAGAUGGAGAAAGCCUGGGAGUGUGAUGGCAGAUUGAAGAGAAAGCGGAGCAUGGAGGGGAAACCUUCUAGAGGAAUAAAAAUAAUCCAAGCAGAACCUCCCAGUGAGGCUGGAGGCUCUGACUAUGGUAAAUACAGUCAGACCUCUAGCCCAGAACCAGGCCUUUUUCCACAACAGGGAGCAUCUGUAGUUAUGCAGGGCCAGAAAGAAGAUAACCAGAGAGGGCGUUCCACCAGGUAUUUGAACCAAGGACAAUGUGAUCAAAUCCAUUCCAGGAAGAAAUGUCGUAAGGUUAAAAAAUGUCAGAAUAAAGUGCUGGGUCAUGAUUUGGGCUGCAUAAAAAACCGUGGAAUUCUUUCUGAAGAGAAAGUUUAUGAAAGGGGGAAUUCUUUCCCUAGUAUUAAUGAACUUGGUCCACACCAGAGAACUGAUAGGGAGACAAAGUGUAAUGAAUUAACUAAACAGAGGAAGACAGGUCGUGCUGAACAUUACUCUCAUCGUCAGAGUACAGAGAGACGGUACAAAUGCAAUGAAUGUGGAAAGGCCUUCCAGGAAAAGGGGUCUCUUAAAAAACAUUACAGAAUGCACACUGGAGAGAAACCUUUUAAAUGCAGUGAAUGUGGGAAAGCCUUUUGUAGAAGCACAAGCCUAACUAUACAUCAGAGAUCUCAUACUGGAGAGAGACCAUAUGAAUGCAAUGAAUGUGGGAAGGCAUUCCGGUCAAAGUCUCACCUUUCAGAACACUGGAGAACUCAUGCGGGAACAGGACUUCACAAAUGCCACAUAUGCGGGAAAGCAUUCUAUAGCAAGUAUAAUCUUACUAAUCACAGUAGAAUUCAUACUGGAGAGAAACCCUAUGAAUGCAGUGAAUGUGGAAAGACCUUCCGCCUGAAGUCAAGUCUUACAUGUCACUUCCGUAAUCAUACUGGAGAGAAACCUUUUAAAUGUAGUGAAUGUGGGAAAGCCUUUUCUAGAAGCACAAGCCUAACUAUACAUCAGAGAUCUCAUACUGGAGAGAAACCAUAUGAAUGCAAUGAAUGUGGGAAGACAUUCCCGUCAAACUCUCACCUUUCAGAACACCGGAGAACUCAUGCACGAACAGGAGUUCAUGACUGCAAGGAAUAUGGGAAGACGUUCUGGUCACGCUCUAACCCUUCAGACCACCGAAAGAGUACUCAUGCAGGAACAGGAAUUCACGAAUGCAAUGUAUGUGGGAAAGCAUUCUCUAAGAAGUAUAAUCUUACUAUUCACAGUAGAAUUCAUACUGGAGAGAAACCCUAUGAAUGCAGUGAAUGUGGAAAGACCUUCCGCCUGAAAUCAAGUCUUACAUUUCACUUCAGUAAUCAUACUGGAGAGAAACCUUUUCAAUGCAGUGACUGUGGGAAAGCCUUUUCUAGAAGCACAAGUCUAACUAUACAUCAGAGAUGUCAUACUGGAGAGAAACCAUAUGAAUGCAGUGAAUGUGGGAAAACAUUCCGGUCAAGUUCUGAACUUUCAAGACACAGGAGAACUCAUGCAGGAAUAUGACUUCAUGAAUGCAAUAUAUGUGGGAAAGCAUUCUCUAGGUAGUAUGAUCUUACUACUCACAGUAGAAUUCAUACUGGAGAGAUGAGAGAGACUAGCUCUACCAAGUAAUUGAAGAGAUCCCAAGACAGAGUGGGGGAGAUGAGAAAAUAGGUUUGGGGUUCAGGAUGGCCAGAGGUAAGCUGUUAGCUAAUCAAGGCAAAGUUUAUUGAUUAUGCUUUCCAUUAUAUAGAGAGUCUGAAACAGGAUAAGGUCUUAGGUGAGCUUUUUAUAUUCUCAAUGGAAGGUAAUGAUGUACAAGUUUGGUACAAACGGUUUGGUUAAUUUCAUUGAAUGUAGACAGUUUUCUAUAGGCUGAUAAAUCAAUGUCAAUAUGUUACUACCUAACUGAGAUUGCCAGAGAAUGCUUGCAUCAGUAGUUUUUGGAAGAACAUGCUGUUACAGCAGGAGGUGUGGAAAAGGAGGGGUUUGAAGCCUCAGUCUACAUGUCUAACUUUAGCUGAGCUAUGGUUUCAGUUUUACUGAGGGUCUGCUUCGUCCAGAGCUUGCUCUUAGGGUCUCAGACUUUUUCUCUUUUUACCUAAAUUAGAUAGGAGGAUAAACUGAAUAAAUGCUUGAUUUCAUUUUUGCUUUCUGAGAUGGAAACAGGGUAUCGACAUUUGGGUCUGAAUACCAGGGACCAGGAGUAUGUACUGAAAGAAUGACAAGGAAUAGGGUUUUGGAGGUGGAAUGAUAUCAGUUACAGAUGCAAUGGAUGGGGAUCCUUGGAAUAGUUGGACUGGGGUAAAACAAAGGAUGAGGCCGCCACUUAUUAACAUAAAAUUGGGAAAAUGUUUUAUGGAGAAGUGGCUUAGUUAAGAUUCAUCAGUCUUGGGGAGGCUUGCUACCUCCAGGAAUUGUUCUGACAUAUAAACUGUUCUUUUGGCUUGUCCCCAAGUCAUGGGUUCUGAGGCUUGGGUCCUCUUUGUUCACAAAGGUCCUCUGUCACAUAUGUCUGUUGCUUCUGGCUUGAUGACUUGGUGUGGAUCCAGUAUUAGGAAAAACCUUAACCACAAUGUUAUAUAAUUCUAUCAAAAACUGAUAGUUCUGGGAUGGGUGAUGUUCCUUUCAAAUGCAGUAUGGUUGGUAUAGAUUUACUAUGGUAUUCUUUUUUUUUCUGAUCAAUAUGCCUAGUCUUUGUUUACUCUAAAAUGAAUCAUUUUUCCAGCUUUAUUAGUGACUUGGAAUAGAACCAACAUUAUCCUCAUACAUAACGAUUUUUUUUUGAACACUGUCAUAACCCAUUUACCUUAAACUUUUAGUUUAUAGUACAAGUCAUAAAACACAUUUUCAGUUUUUGUAUACUCAUGAUUGCACAAACUAUGUUUUGGUAACACUCAAUAUAUAACAAUUUAGUUGAAAACAUUUUCUUUUUUAAGUAGUUAUACCUAUGACAUGUUAAUUAGAGAUUAAUCAGCGUCUUGGUGACCUAAAGUCAUUGUUAAAAUAGUUUUUGAGUCUGCUUUGUUUAAAAAUUUGAAGCUGUUUAUUGUACAAUUUGCAUUUAGUAUAAAGACACAUUCUCAAUUUUUUCCAUAAAAUGUACAAUCUUUCAUUUCUGCUAUUUCCAUAUAGGUAUUGAGUAGUUUACUCAACUGCUAUUGUUUAUUUAAAUGUGUCUUUUUUACUGAUAUGUACCAUUUUAAAAAUCUCUUUACUUUUGGCUUUCGUUACAGUAUUAUUUUUUUAUAUCAGAUCAAAAUUUUAUGAAGCUCUGGUAAAAUGGAGACUUGAACCCCGGACUUCAAUCCCCAGAAGUCCUUGCUGUAGUUCCUAAGAUGCUCUCUAAUCCCACCAGAAGUCCUUACCUGGGCAAGAUCAAAAUUUCUAUUUAAACUUGCUGUAAAGCCUACUACUCUCUCUUCCUACUUCCGCUUCCAAAUGCACAUGGCUCUCUACCUAGCAGGCAAGAUGUGAGUGGUUGUGAAUGGGCUCUCUGGGCCUAGACACGUGCUUUCUCAUUUUGUAUUUUCUUUAUAUUGUUAAUCUUUAAUAAACCUCUAUUAAAUAUAAUCUUUCCAGCAGAGAAACUAAUCUUAACUGUUACAGUUUUGGCUUACCAUGUUGGAAAAACGAAAUGCUCUUAAUCUUCUGAUUCUUUUCUUUACUGAUCUUUAGUUCAGCCUUUAAAAGCUACUGCCUAGAAUUUUUUUUUUAAGUCACAUUUCUCUAGCCAAGGUUUUUUAUCCUCGCAAAGCUAUUGCUGAUCCAGCUUGUUCCAGCCAUUAGAUAACUCAGUGGCUCCUGGCCUGGCCCUGCCCUGCCCGGCCCUGCCUGCCUGCAACCAUCCCCUCCAUACCUGUUUGCUGUUUGACCCAGAUUGCCGCUCACCUGGUCCCCUGCUUGCCUGCAUUCCUGUCCCUGCCCUGCCCACUGCAGUGGUCUCUCUCUCACUCACCUGGCCCAGCUGAUCACCCAGGCUGCUGGUAGCAUACCCAAUUUCUUCAGGAUCAAAAAUCAGCUGGUAACAAAAAAGGGGGGGGUAAUUUUCCCUUAGGCUACGAUUAGCCUCCACGUGGACUGAGGGCAGAGGAUCACAGAAGGGGAAAAAGAAAGGGAAAGAAGGAAGAGACUUUUCCAAACAGAAACUUAUAAGCAAUGGGGUAUUUAAAAGGAUAUCUUUUAACUAUAUUGAUAAUUUCAUCUACUUUAGCUAAUCCCAGGGCAUAUACCCCUAGAAGCCUCAAAAAAAAAAAAGAGCACCCCUCAUUUAUAACUCUUCAGCUCACUACUUCCGCCAGAAUGAUAUCUAGAUUUCUUGAUGAUGUUCUAAACCCAAAAUGAAUUUUUCUUUGUUUGAAAAUAUGUUUGCAAAGGUUGAAAGAUUUGGUACGUUUGUAAAAAUUGUGACAAAUAUCCACCAAUUCAUAGGCUUUUUAAAAUGCCAUACAGCAAAUUAUGUGAAAUAUGAUAGUGGGUUUAUUUGUUAUUGUAAUUAAUUGGGCUAUUAAGAAUUUUGGGGAUACUGAUUCCAAGCGAUUUGUACUAGUGUUCAGUUCAUCUGCUUUUACUCACAGUGGAUCAUGGCCAGAUAUGAAGAGGUAAUGGAUCUCAUUUUUGGUGAGAAAGCCUUGUAUUCUUUAUUUUCGUAGCUGACACAGUGUUUCAAUGAUUAUAACCUAUAUUUUUAUUUUUAAAACUCUUUUAUUAUAUUUUUUCUUCCAUGUGCAAUAUACUGUUUCAGUCUUUUAUUUUUUUCUCUCCUUUUUAUAUUUGGAGCACAUGUCACCAGUAUUAAGAAUUUUCUUUAACUUUUUGAUUUUGCAGUAAUAUAAGUUUAAAACACAUUUGCUAAUGCAUGCCCCAAAAAGCUUGAGACUAUAAAAAUGAAUGUCACUAAUUGUUUAAAAAAAAUUAUGGGACUUUGCUUAAUGAUUCUGUCUGAUUCCAGGACAAGAUAUACAAAAGAGCCAUUGCACAGGGCCAAAGAUAAAACAAUCCAGGAUGGAUUGAUGCUCUUCUAAGCCAAUACAAAGGACUUGAACCUAGUGUGAAGACUCAGAGUUGCUAUGUUUAACAUACAUUUUGAUAUAGGCAUUCCCUGUAUCUACACUCACUCUUUGUAAAAAUACUUACAGACAAGUACCCAAACUCAGCUCCUAUAAAUCUAGUCCCUUUUCUGCUUUCAUAGUGUGGUAAACUUUCUGUAGUCCUGGCUACUGACUGCGCAAAUGCAUCAUUGCUUAGAUCAUUUUAAUUGGGCCCUGAUUCAAGGACCUGUUAUAGAUUUAUUUUUCCUUUACUUGGAAUUUUUACACAUAAGACUUUGAUAGUCUAUAUUUUCAUCUAGAAAUUAUUAUUUUUUCUUUGGAUUUUUCUGAUGACUUUUUAAUUUCUCUUACCAAUUGGUUCAUAUACCUCAUAACUCAGCCAUGCAUCUCUAAGUGAUCCUAUGUUUUUUAAUCACCCUUUUAACGGGAAAAUGUAAAAAAUAAUAUUAUUUUAAAUUGCAAAGUUUAAAUUCCUUUUAAGAACAAUUUUAGGUAAAAAUAGAUGCUACCUCUCUGAAUCCAGAAACUGAACUGUUUGGAGAAGACACCAUGAAAAAGCCUCCAGACCACAAGCUGCACGAGAAGAUCAAGAAUGAACUUUGGAUGUGGUUGAUUGAACAAUUAUUUGUAUCUAUACUUUCAUGCCAAAGGGGACUGCCCCCCACCUGGCUUUUGUCAAUGCGUCUAGCAAUUAUUGGUUUUGUUUUGUUUUUUCCUCUUAUCCUCAAAUUAUUAUAAUCCUUAAGUUGAUUAUGUUUUCAUGAUCCUUUGGGGAAACUCUUUUUCCCAAAUGCUCAAACAGGGGAAUGUAAAAAUGGAGAUUUGAACCCCGGACUUCAAUCCCCAGAAGUCCUUGCUGUAGUUCCCAAGAUGCUCUCUAAUCUCACCAGAAGUCCUUACCUGGGCGAGAUCAAAAUUUCUAUUUAAACUGGCUGUAAAGCCUACUACUCUCUCUUCCUACUUCUACUUUCAAGCACAUGCGGCUCUCUACCUAGCAGGCAAGAUGUGAGUAGCUGUGAAUGGGCUCUCUGGGCCUAGACACAUGCUUUAUUUUGUAUUUUCUUUAUAUUUUUAAUCUUUAAUAAACCUCUAUAAAAUAUAAUACUUCUAGCAGAGAAACUAAUUUUAACUGAUACAGCUGCUAAUUAGCACCUUGGGUUUUAAUUUUCUGUUUACUGUGAAGACAGGGUUAAUAAGUUUUGGGGGAGAGGCAGCUGGGAAGCUUAGUGGAUUGAGAGCCAUGCCUAGAGAUGGGAGAUCCUAGGUUCAAAUGUGGCCUUAGACAUUUCCCAACUCUGUGACCCUGGACAAAUCACUUGACCCCCAUUGCCUAGCCCUUACCACUCUUCUGCCUUGGAACCAAUAUACAGUAUUGAUUCCAAGAUGGAAGGUAAGGGUUUUUUUUUUUUUUAAGUUUGUAGGAAAUUCUGAAUCUUUAGCAAUAUGAUCUAAAAGUCGUCCUGCUGGUGAUUUUAUCUUCGCUUCAUAUCCCAGUUGUAAAUGUGAAAUUUGGUGGUUGGACUUAAAUUAUAUGAAAUAAUGUGAACACUGAAAUUAUGAUAUCUCAAGUCAGAAGUUUAUUUACCAGAAUAGAAGGGGGGAAACAAUAAAGUAGAAAAAUGUGAAACAGGUUAGAGAAAAUACCUAUACUAGUCCUCAGCCAGGAGGGCUGGUAGUGAGUAACCACAAAGCCUCCUCCAAGAUGGAAGCUAGUCUCUUAGGAAACUAGGAAGGGAUUCAGCCUUUUCACUCAUUCAACAAAGUAGUCCAGGAGCCUGAAUCUAAGUUGAAGUCAUGACCCAAGGCACAGUCUCCAGGGUGAAGUUCCCUUGAAGACUAUCUCCAGGAAACUCAGCUUCAGGAGACUGACCCAGCAGAAGGAUUUCCUGGCUUUUUGGGUGGUUUCCUGUUCCUGUCUUUCUUCACAGGGACCAAUCACAAUUUCCAAAUUGUGCAGCCCUGCCCAGGGGCAGUGUCUCUGGGAUUGACUUCUCACAUCUAGAGGUGUUAACUCUCCUCCUAGGAUUCACAUGUUUCUGAGUUAUCUCUCAGAUCCCAAGGUCACCUUGUAAGAUUAAAAAUUAACAUCUGAAUACUCCAAGUAUUAUAUUUUAUAAAGUUUAUUAUUAAAUACUUGAUGCAUAAGGAAAAUAAUAGCCUCAGUAUAGAAAGAAAGCUUCCUAGGACCCCACACAUGGUUGUGAGAGCUCAGGGAACCAUCAGAACAGAGAAAAAGAGUGGAGUUACACGUAACUUAUUUACCAAAUAUGAGGACAUGGAUGAAGGGAAAAGGCUUCUCGGAGAAGAAGUCUAACAGUUCAAGAUCAAGGAGGAUACAGGAAUACACAUAGGAAUCACAGGGAUACAUGGUAGAGUUAUAAGGAACAUGAAUCAAUUAUCAGAAAUAUCAAAGAAUCCAAAAUUAAAAAAAAAAAACCUCCAAGUGAAAAAUAUCAACAACGUAAAAAAAAUUCUAGGAAGAAGGAAAAAAUUCACAAAUCAGAGAACAGGUUCUUAUAGCAGUCCAUGUCCCAUAAGCCUGCAAUGACAAUCACUAACUCACCCAGUUUAGCAGCCUGGACUACAAUAUGUUGUCACAUCAUGAAAGAAAAUAGAAAAAGAGACUAGAUCUCGAAACAAAUGGGAAAUAGAUUUCCCUGGUUGGAUGCUAUUCUUCACUUUUUGGAAUAAUGGAGCCAGAACAAAUAAUGUUAAGUGCUUGAUAGAGCAUAUGGUAGAAGGAAGUCCUGCAUUUAACAUGUUAAACAGCCACAAUCUUGGGUCUCAAACAUGAUCAAGUCCUUGCUCUGAGAAGAAUGUCACUUGUGCUCCUUUGUGGUGUAUUUUCUUGAUUCAGACAUAUUUAUUGAGCAAAUACAAACAGUUAAAAAAUAUUCAAUAUCGGUGACAUGUAUUUCAAAUAUAAAAAAAUGAAAGAAAAAAUCAAAUACUGUAUUGCACUUGUAGGAAAAAAAUAUUAAAAACAUAUAUUUCACAAUCACAGAUGUGAAGUAUAAAGGCUACUUUCUGAAAAAUAAGAUUCAUUUCCUCUUUAACUUGCCAUAAUCCACAGUGUGAGUGCAAAUGAGGUAGAUAAAGGAAUGGAAGUAUAGAAGCAAUAAUACAUUCAAGAAAAUACAAAAGAAAUUUACAGAAGGCACAAAAUGUUACAAAAGGCACAUCAAGUCAAUAUAGGUCACUAAUACAGGUUUUCUUUUUUGAGGUAAUAUAUGUAUUGUCCUACAAGGGAAAUUGUUCAAGUACACAGAUCAACCAAAUACAGUGAAACAAAAUAGUACAGGUCCAGCAAUAGGGAAGUCUUAUCACAAUCCAUAUGGAGCUUGUAUGUGCCCAGGGCUCAGGUCAGCCCCAGAAGCAAUGAGGUAGCACCUACUGUGUGCCUCGCUGGUUUCUGGGUGCCAGAGAGGCCACCGGGAAAGGGGAGGCAGGCUGUGUAGGAGCCGUCUCUUCAACCUUUGGAGGAGAGGGAAGAGCCUGGCUUGCGGAUGGUGAGAAGGUCUGAGACUCCUGUCCCAGGAAAAGUCCCGGAAAUGUGGGGGGCAGGGGAGGGGCCUGGAGCUAUCCAUGGCAGAGCAGAGCACUUGGGGAGCUGGAGACAGGGAUGAAGAUGAUGAAAGAGGAGGAGAGGGAGAGGGGAGAGGGAGGAAAGGAAUGAAAAUUGGAAAAGGGGGUUGAGGAGUGGAGAAGAAAGCCAAGGGGAAGUGGGGGAUGGAGAAGCGGGAAGAGAGUGCAGGUGGAGGCAAGGAGGCCCCUCCCUACCCAGGUCCUGCCCCCAUUCAGAGCUAGGCCCACAGCGGGUAAGGUCGAGUCAUCUCCUCUAGGACUGGACAAGCUUGGGCAGUGGGGGCUCAGAAAACCAGGAGGGAAGAAGAAGUAAUUUUCCAGGAAAAAUCUGGAGUACCAAGCUCCAGAGUUCCAGUAGCUCCGCCCUGAGUUCUCUGCGGCUGCGCGGUCUCUCCCUCUGGCAGCAGGGGGCGCGACCUGGGCCAGCAUCCUGUGCGAGGAAGUGUCCAUUGGCUAUCUCGGAGGGGGACACGCCCUCUUAUCGCAAAGAGCCUAUGAAAGGAGAUUUCUUAGACAGGCCUAUGCAUUCUGCACCUUAGCUAGUCUGGCUGAAGGUUAUAAAUGCCCUCUCCUGUGGCUCACUGGAGGCACAUGGGAGAGAAACAACCGCUUCCAUCUUUGGCUCCAGAAAAUGGACACAGGGUUGUCUGGGAUGUUGGGGGGGCCUCUGGGCACCAGAAGGGGCAUGCCCAGGGUUCUGGCUGUGGUUCUCAUGGAUCCAAGUUUCCCAAACCCCAGUUUGGCCAUGCCCUUGCAGGUGCCUCCUCUAGGAGAAUCCUUUCCCCAGUCUCCUGACUGUCUUCUCAGCUCAGCCCCAGCGUCCCACCUGCGGGGACAGUCCACAGGGAUGACCUCUCCAUGUUGUGCCCCCACCCUUCCUUUCUCACAGAAUCACAGUCAUGGUUUCCCCUGCUCUGGCUGAGACCUGUGUGGGACCCUACCCCGAUCUAAUACAGUGUACUCAGUUACCCCACACUGUCCAGACAGAUUCCCCCUGGUGGGGGGGAAGAGGUAGGGUAGACCUGUAUUCAGGCCUCAUACCCAGGGAUGCCCCAUAUCACUCCCCACAGCCCCUGACCCUGUUGUCAUCCCCUCCUCUAGUACUCCUCUUCCCCUCCCCCAAAAGGCCCAGGCCUGAUCCUUGGGGCUCCUGCUGGCUUGAGAUGCCCCUGGGAGUGAGCUAAGGGGGUCCCAGAGGAAAUCCUGAGGGAGAAAUCUCCUGCCUCAACGAUAGGAUGUCUACUUAUGGAUCCAAGAAAAUCAACUGAAGGACUAGUGGAAAGAACUGAUAACUUGAGCAAAGUUUCAGGCUAGACCCACUUAAAGCAUCAGCAUUUCUAGAUAUUUCCAACAAAACUUGACAGUGAGAGUGAGAAAGAGAAAUUCCAUUUAAAAUCAUGUCUUGGGGAGCUUCUGGGUAAACAUAGCGGCAGUCUAGACACAAGACUCGUCCUCUCCUCAACGCCCACGGAUAUAGACUACCUCAAAAGACCAAAAAAGUCAAAUUCAUAAGAACAAGGGACUCUACAGUAGGGUGUAGCAUUGAAGAGCCAAAGUCAGAGCCAGCACACAUGAGAAUCAGUGAGGGAGAGGCACCUCUAGAGUGAGUAAGGGCACAUCUAGAAUGAGAAAGGGGCACCUCUAGGUCCUUGGGAGCUAAGACCACCAAAGAUCUACCCCUGAGAGCAGCUACACCUGAAACCCCAGCAGGCUGAAGAGCACAUACCGUGGGCACUCUCAGGGAAAUAGCACAGAGAAUGGCAGCAAACAGCAGAAGCUGCAGAGAUUUGAGAGCUUGCCUCAGGCAAAAUCCUUGCUCCUUAGCUCUAAACACAGAAAGCCUGCCCAUCUCACUCAGAUUUCUGACUAAAAAGGGAAGGAAAAACUUCCACAGUGAUGGCAAAUUGUGCCCAGGAUCAACAACCUCCCUCCAAGAAAAACAGGAAGAAGGGGUUGACCCUGGAAAAUUUUUACAGAGGAAAAACCCAGGCUACAGAGGAAACAGGAGAAAAUUCAAACAAACCCAAAAGUGUCCAAAAACAAUGGAAAUUGUUCACAAGUUCUUGAAGAAUUUAAAUUGGAGCUUAUUAAAAAAAAUGGAAGCCUUCUGUCAAGAAAAGUGGGAAAUAAUUCAAAGAAAAAAUAACAGUUUAAAGGACAAGAACUGCCAAUUGGAUAAACAGCUGGAAGCCACGAAAAGCAGGGUAGACCAAAUUGAAAAGGAAAAUCAAAAGAUUAUUGUGGAAAAUCAGUCCUUAAAGACCAGAAUUAGGCAACUGGAAAAGAGCAAGAAUUAAUAAAGCAAAGUUAAAAGACUGACAAAAUAGAAGAAAACAUAAAAUAUCUCACUGACGAGAUGACAGAUCAGGAAAACCAGUCACAAUGAGACAAUUUGAGAAUCAUAGGUCUACCUGAAAAGCCAGAAAUAAUAAAAAAUCUUGACAUCAUAUUACAAGAAAUCAUCCAAGAAAACUACCUUGAUGUUCUUGAACAAGGGGGCAAAAUAGACAUUGAAAGGGUUCAUAGAAUACCCUCUACACUAAAUCCUCAAAAGACAACUCCCAGGAAUGUAAUUGCCAAAUUCCAGAGCUUUCAAGCUAAGGAGAAAAUUCUACAAGUAGAAAAAAAGAGACAAUUCAGAUACCAAGGAGCACCAAUUAGGAUCACACAAGACCUGGCAGCUUCCACACUAAUGGACCCCAAGGCUUGGAACAUGAUAUUCAGAAAGGCAAGGAAAUUGGGUCUCCAACCAAGGAUCACCUAUCCAUCAAAACUAACCAUAUACUUCCAGGGGAAAGUAUGGGAAUUCAACAAAAUAGAAGAUUUCCAAGCAUUUGUAAAUAAAAGACCAGAACUAAGUGGAAAGUUUGAUAUCCAAACACAAAGAUCAAGAGAAACAUGAAAAGGUAAAUAAGAAAGCAAGGGAAAGGGGUAAAAUGUUUUUUUAUUCAAACUUUCUUCUUUAAGGGCCACAAUCAGAUUAAAUUAUAUAUAUUAAUAUAUGGGGAAAAUGUUAUUUCUAACUCUCAAAAAUUGUGUUAAUUAUUAUAGUAAUUGGAACAAUCAUUCACAGGAAGAGAUUGGGGAUAAUAAGUGCUAUAAGAUGAUAUACAAAAAAAGAAAAGGGAGGGAGGCAAUCGAAGAUGUCACCAAGAGAUACUUGAAGAAAUUAAAUAAAUAGGAUAAUCUUUAUCACACAAAGAUAUGGAAGGGGAGGGGAAGAAUACUCUUUUAAGAAGGAGUGGAAGAGAGUGCUAAUAGGUAAUACUUAAACCUCACUCUCAGUAAAAUCAAUUCUGAGAGGGAAGAGCAUCUAAAUCCAUUGGGGUCUUGAAUUCUAUGUUACCCUACAGAGAAAAUGAGAAGGAAAAAUGGAGGGGGGUAGGGCAGAGAGAACAAAAAGGGAGGGAAACAGAGAGGGGAGGGAACUUAAUGGACCCCCCCAAAACAAGAAGGGAACAUGCUGGGAGCCAUCAGGCCACGACGCCUUGACAGAGUCACAUGUGGUAGCUAAGGAGGCCACAGAGUAGCCCUUGGCAAGAUGUGAUUGCCCACUCAGUCCCCCUUACAUGACUUUUCUCAUUAACAUCCCUUACCUAUGGAAUUGACAUGAUUACUAUUCCCCCAGUCUCAGAAGGAAUAAUGCAAGAGCAAAAUACCUGUACCCUAAUUCUCUAAAAUAUUACCAAAAGAUCAGACUCUCAAACCUAAUUCCAAAAGACUAUCAUGCAUUAACUUUUACUUAGACACAUAAUCCCCAGUAAAACCACAGCUACAGGCCAAGCCAGGAACUUUCCCACUCACAGAAACUUAUUCUCAUGAAGCCAGGACACAAAUCAAUCAUAAAGGUCCAUACAAUACCUACAGGUUACACUACAGGUACACUAAGCUUCAAUAUACCUCAUUGACUUGAUUUCACAAACUAGUAAUUCAGAAACUCCCUAGUAAACCCUGAAAAAUGGCCAGUCUAAUAUUAAAUCUGAAUUCUGUUCCCAGUACCUCUCAACCUCAAUGGUAUGAUUGUUGAAUUGUCUUUUAAGAACUUCUGAUCAAUUAUUACUUUUUAUUAAAAGUAAUAAGUAAAUUUCCUUGAUUGCUUGUAAGCUCAAAACUUCUCACAGGAUAAUGAGAAAAUUAAGCCACCUGUGACAAAAUCGUUUAUCUUGUGUGAAACCUUUAUGCUGUCAAGAAUCUGAAAUCACAAUACAAGAAAAUAGAAUGUUAAUCAAGUGAUUUGAUGAACAUUAAUGUAUCACUUUUCCAAUUAUCUCUAUUUAGACAUGUGUUUUAGGUAAUGUAUCUGUGUGCCAAGAAAAUGGGUAUAAAAAUAAACACCAAGCCUGGGGAUGGCAGAGCAGCUAUCAGAUGCAAAGCAUUCCCAUGGCUGUAAAGA